AGUCAUUUUGUUUUAGUCGGCGCGGCUUCGAGAAUCAACGCUYUGGGACGUCGUCUGUAUUUCUAAAACGUAAAAUUUUAUUAUUCAGUUGAAGUUUAGUAGAUGGAGUUGUAUUUGAAGUGUAUGUCCUGAGUGUGUUGCAUUUUAUUGCGUUACACCAMGGAGGUGAAUACCGCAGUCAUUUCUUCGCAAACAGCCAUCUUACUGUAACCAGAAAGUCUCGGCCUGUAGCAUUAUGCUAAACUAGCUGCUAACUCCUGUAAAGUAUCCACACCCCUUUGGUUUGUUUGAUUGUGUUUUUAAGGUUCAGAUUCGUCAGAUAGCUGAWGUAUUAUUUUCCAGUCGGUAUAGGUUUGUAUUUUUGUACAUUUUUCACCACUGGGAAUCACUAGUACUUUUUGUUCCAGCUAGCUGUGAAGCUACAGUAAGUAUGUGAUUGUUUUCUUCAUGGCCUUUGUUUUAAACAAAUAAUCUCCAUUCAGGAUCAGAUACUGUCGGAAACAGGAAGUUUAUUAUUUUGAAUAGCUGCUUCCUUUGUUUCUAUCAGUUUUUAAUAAUUUUAGAGGGGAUCAUUUUUAGGCCUCAGUAUUUUUAUUAUUUGGAUUCACAGAUUUAAGGAUCCUAAAACAACCAACAUGAAAACUGGAGUGUUUCCAGUCAGUCUUCACUAUAACAACCAUAAAGUGUCUGUGUUUAAGAACCAGCCUAAACCUGGACCUCCAAACAUUUUAUUUGGGAUCAGAUAGGAUAGGUACAAUAUAUGAAUAAUAUAUUUAGCAAAGUAAAAGAGUUUGUUGCAUAGGUCUGUUGUAUACAGAUGUACUUGCUAAGUGAUGGUUUAGCUGGUUUGGCUCCACAUCAACAAUCAUGAUCUGUAUUUAUGAGACAUGAGUUGAUCAACAAUUAUUCUGCAGCCAUGUUUUAUGAAUUUUUGGAUACAUUUUCUCCAGACUGUAAGGCCAGUUAUGGGCAGAAAUUGGAGGUUUGUGGCUUGAAAACAUACAGAUACAGACUUCCAGUGACAGCCCAGUACAGAACAUAACUGGACUGUGAGGCUGCACAACAUGCAUAUAGAGAUAUUUUCAGAUAAAAUGAAAAUUGAGAAAAUGAAUGUCUGGUUUUUAACAUGUUGAAAUGGUAUGUUCGUCUGUGUAUUAACCCAUUUUCAGUCUCCGGGGAGUGUUUUUCAUUGAUCUGUAGGUUUAAAACCACGCUCCCUGYCUUCUCUGGGAACCCCUGGACAUGGAUAGUUUGUCCAUAUGAGAAGGCUUUGGCAGAAGAUUUUUUUUUUACUCUUCAGCAUUGUUAAACAACAGCUGAAAACCACUAGAAGCCCAGAUACCCUGCCCCGUUUUUCCCUCACUGCCAGCUAACACCCAAACGUCACCAAGUCCUUGAAGAAGAUGAAGAUUUUUUUCUCACCCUUUGGCUCUUCAGUUUAAGCUUUUUUAUUUUUUUCUUGUCUGGCUGAUUAUCUUUCCCAGUUAAUUAGUUUUAUUAUUCAUAUCAGUUAAUUAAAAAAAAAAACAAGAACAAAGGACUAUUGCAUCCAAUAUGGGUAUUAUAGCAGUCCACCGGAGAUAAAGAUGUCUCAGAGGGUCUCUGAAAAAGACCACUUUCUUUGGGCGACCCACCCCACUUUUCCUCUUGUCUCAUGGAUGAAGUGUUCCUUCAGGACUCCAUACUCUCGAGGAGAAACCCCACCAGCUGUGAGGGAGACACCUUCUUAUCCACCUCAGGGUGAGUCCUGUUGUCCCUGAAGACGACCAGCUGACAGGUCACUUCCAUCAUUUAAUCCACAACCAGCUAUGACCGACCAUGGAGAUGACUGCUACUUCUAUUACUACUCUACCUGCUCUAAGGGUGACAGCUGUCCAUUCAGACACUGUGAGGCAGCCAGGGGCAAUGAGACCGUCUGYAACCUCUGGCAGGAGGGAUGCUGCUUCCGCUCAGUCUGCAAGUUUCGCCACAUGGAGAUCACAAAAAACAGAAAGGAGAUCCCGUGUUACUGGGAGAACCAACCGGCUGGCUGCCAGAAGCCACAUUGUGCUUUUUUUCAUGAGAAGCCCCGCUACAUUGAAGGCGUCUUUGUCCCACCCAGUAAAAGUGUCAUUCUUCCAGGUCAGAGCAUAAAGGAGGAGGUCCAACAUGAGGAACCAGUUCUCCCAUCAACUCCUCCUCUGACCACCACAGCCAACCCUCAGCUCAGAGGAGUCAUCAAGACAGAAGCUCAGGAACCGGUGCCCAGCCCAACGCACCCACCUGUUGUCAUUAAUCCAGCUGAUGAUGAUGAGGAUGAAGAUGAUCAGUUCUCAGAGGAAGGAGAGGAAAACAAGACUGGUCCUUCACCAAAGAAGAUUCCCAAAUCAGGUGGUUCACUGAAUUUUGGGGUUAGCACAUUGGAGGAGAUCCGUCUCAGGAAGGCUUUAAAGGCCAGUAUGAAAAAAGCUGGUUACCCCAUCCAGAGUGCUGAAACGUCUGCCACCAGAGAGAAGGAAAACAUCGGCUUAUUUUAUCGAACAACAUUCUCAGAGUCCACAGGCUCUCUGGAUGUGGAAGAAGCUCCAAAAGUGAGGGUCAGCGUGGCUGCGAGGCUUGGAAGAAAGAUUCCCAGCACUGAUCUUAAAAACGGAGAGAAGGUUCCACUGAAGAGACGUCUGGGCAGGGCGGUGGGUGAAGAACCGUCAUCACUUCCUCCUCAGAAAGCUUUGAAAGCUGUAAARGAAAGACUUGGAUUGUCUGCUGGUCUAGUUUCAGUCACUCAGACCGCUGAGGCUGACGAGGCUCCAAAAGCUCCUGAACAGAUCCGCAUCAAAACUCUGGAGGAGAUCAAACUAGAGAAGGCAGCCAAGUCUCAGGACCAGAAGGAUUCCUCUUCAGUUGUUGCUCCAGACACCUCCAAAACUGAUCCAAGUAAAGCCACCAAGUUUACMAAACGAAUCAUCACUGUGAAAGUCGGAGAGAGCUUGUCAGAGAGUCUUCGGCCCAAAAGGAAACAGCAGGAUGAACAAGAGAAGCAGCCCAGCACGAAGAAGCCUGAGCAGACGGUGGAGAAAGCUCCAGGCAAGAACCAGGAGGAGCCAGACCCUGCUUCUGCCCCCAAAGAUGUGGAAAAAGUUAGGGUCAAGACCCUGGAAGAGAUCCGUAGAGAGAAGGCAGCUAGAAUGCAGGCUCAGCAGGACGCACCGUCUGAAACCAAGACCAGCAACGAUCCUGAAAAUGUUCCCAAGAUACGACGUCUUCUGUGCAUCAAGAAGCUACCGGCCCAAAAUAACGACACACCAGAGAAAAGUGUUGAUGGGACAGAGAACAAAGGUUCAGCAGCUGCGCCUCAGACCAGCAACAGCAUCAAGGUCAAGAGCUUUGAGGAGAUCAUGAGGGAGAAGCGCCUUCGAAAACAGGAAACAGGCGAGCAGCUUCUGCCCUCAGCUGAAGCCUCUCAGAACCAGACCGCCUCUGGAAUCCUAAAGAGAAAAGUUCCUGCUAAAAGCAGCCCAGCAUCACCAGAACCUUCUGUGACCUCCUCUACAGCAGCCCCGAAAAUGAGUAAACUCACCUCACCUCAGAUCAGGACCGCUUCACCUGAUACAACAGCUGAGGCCUCAGUCCCCGAGGGCCCGGGUUCUCCUCCUCACCCAGAGUCCCAGAGCAGCUCCAGGGAGGUUCCAGACAGGAACACCUCCACCCCCACACCACAGUCCUCAGCCAGACUGAGCCGAGCAGCUCAGCAGGCUGCUGAAGUCCCAGCUGGUGACAGACCACAGCAGACCAGAACCACACAACAGCCUGAAGUCUCCAAAGUGAGGCCCAAACUGAACGUGAGACCGUCUGUGGUGAAACCUGCCGUGCAGGUGAAGCCCGGCGCCAAGAAGAGAGGCUCCGAAUGUUCUGCUGUGGCUGCUGUGAAACCUCUGAGCACCGCGGCAGCUCCGGAGGAGAAACCCUGUUCACUCACACAGGAGUUCCCAGCCUCAGACUCAGAGGCUCCGCUGCUCUCUGCCAGGACCUGUAGUCCCACCAGCCUGCAGGACUCUGCUCUGAGCUCAGAGGAUCUUCAGACUGUCCCGGUCUUCACUCAGAGCCAGAAACACAAAGCAGCCAUCAGCAUCACCUCUGGCAAAGAGCUCUGUGCCGUCCCCCAAAGCCCGGUCCUGAAAAGUCCCAGUCAGCCCAGGACAAGGAGGUCCAGUACAGCAGCGUCUCGUGCCUCCUCCAGCGCCGACGCCUCCUCUGCUGUCGACGACUUCGAGGAGCUCAUCAACCAGUUCACGGACGAUCACCUGGAGGAAGAUGUGGAUCCAGCCAUCGGAGAGGAUGAUCUGCUGCAGGAGCUGUCAGAAAUGAUCGAGAACUGAGGGAUGGUUCUGUCUGCUGCCACCUCCAGGAUGUGCCACACACACAUCGUUCACCUCAUUUUAAGCUUUAGCCUCGUGUUUUAGACUUCUUCUCUCGUCCACAUCUCUCUUUGAUUUCCUGUUGUCAUCCUGCAGUCUGAGGAGAUCCAGUGAGGUGAGGAUUUUUGUUUCUGUGUGUCUUUGGGACAGACCUGAGCAGGACCGGAGAGGGUAAACAAAGAUGUAAAUGUUUCAGAGAGAAGUCAGAUCUGUAUACUGUGUAUGCAACAGGAAGCUGAAUGUAGGAAGAAGGACUCCUUCCAGCAGCUGGAUCUGUUUAAUGUGUGAGUGGAGGAUGUUUCACUUCCUGUCAGAAGUUCAAACGUGUUUAAUUUGUCACUGAGCAGCACUUGAGAUGACCUUUUCUCUGUCUAUUUCCUUUAUUUAGUAAUGUUUCUGUUUAGAAAGCUUGGAAACARCUAGCCUGGGACAAAACUCUUAUCUGUGAACGUUACAGGAGAACAUCUCAGGGAUCGUUUCUAUGUUCUUUAUGAGAAAACACUUUGAUUUCAUCCCUUUGUUUUAUGCUUUCACUUAGUUCACUGAUCUUAUUGUGUUUCAUGUUGUCUCAGAUGUCUCUUAAAAACCUUUGUAAAUAAAAAUGCUUUUAAGUAUAUAACAUUGGAUCAAUGAUUAAAGUAUUAACAGAGUUUUAAAA